AUGUUGUUGCGCCGCGUCGGUACCCGCUUUGCGAGACACAGGACAAGCUCUUGCCAAGUACCUGCACCGUCUUUUUGCCGCAGCUUUGCGGUAUCCGCCCUUCAGGUGGACAAUCCGUACACGGGGGAGAUCUUUUGUGAGGUCGCCCAUGACUCCAAAGCCGACGCGCACGCCAAGGUCGAUGCAGCCGUGAAAGCGCAGCUUGACUGGAAGAAUGUACCGCUUUGCGAACGUCAAGAUCUGUGCACGAAAUGGAUGACUGCUCUUGCAAGCAAUGCCGAGUCCAUUGCACAUGAGAUCUCUGGCAUGAUGGGAAAACCGGUGCAGCAGGCGCGCAACGAGGUCAACGGCACCAUUGAACGUGCCAAAGCGCUUGUCCACUUGUCGGAUGAAGCACUGCGCACGGAUUCGUUUCCAGAAGAAAACGGACUCUUUCGCCAGAUCACACACGAUCCUGUCGGCGUCGUUUACGUCAUUGCUCCAUGGAACUAUCCUCUCAUGACGGCGGUCAACUCGAUCAUCCCCGCAGUACUCGCUGGCAACUCGGUGCUGUUGAAACACUCACCUCGCACUCCACUAUGCGGAGAGCACUACCAAAAAACAUUUGAACAAGCCGGGUUCCCAAGGAACGUGCUGCAGUCGUCGUUUGUGGAGCACGACACGGCUGCAGAAAUCAUUCGGCGCCCGGAUAUCGGUUUCGUAUCGUUCACGGGAUCUGUCCGAGGAGGUCGCCAAGUCCAGAGUACGAUGUCCCAGCGCUCGAUCGACAUAACGUUGGAGCUUGGAGGAAAUGACGCUGGAUACGUUACGGCCAAUGCGGAUGUUGAAGCAGCAGCAGAGGGUCUAGUGGAUGGCGUGUGCUACAACGCCGGUCAAUCAUGCUGCGCAGUGGAGCGGGUUUAUGUUCACGAGUCCAAGUACGACCAGUUUUUGGAGAAGGCAAAGAGUUUAUUCGAGGCGUACAAUCUCGGCGACCCGACCGACGCGAAGACGUCAAUGGGUCCGAUGGCUCUUGCUGCUGCACCGAAAAUGCUAGACGCUCAUGUACACGAUGCUAUGGCAAAAGGUGCGCGUAAAGUAUCCGGCAGCGGCAUGGUCACGGACGCUUCUGGAAAGGGUCGCUUCUACUCCCCGACUCUGCUUGCUGACUGCAAUGGCUCCAUGGACAUUAUGACGGAGGAGUCCUUCGGGCCGAUUGUUGGUGUCGAGCGCGUAUCAUCGGAUGCCGAGGCUAUCGAAAAAGUCAACAACAGCAAGUACGGCCUGACGGCAUCGGUAUUCUCGACAGACCGCGACCAAGCCAUGGCUCUUGGCUCGCAAAUUAGCGCUGGUACUGUGUACAUGAACAGAUGUGACGUGUUGGACCCUUACCUUCCUUGGACGGGCCAUCGCGACUCUGGCAAGGGUGUCAGUCUAUCAAAGUACGGAUUCCAUGGCGUGACAAAGCUAAAAGCGUGGAAUUUCCGUGUUUAG